AAAAAUGGCGACUAAUACUUUGAGUAGAAUGAUGAAGAAAGCUGCAUGUUCAGUAAUCCUCCCACUAGCAAGCAGAAGAACUCCUCGUAGAAACGACACCCCUGCCAUUCUAUUUAGACAAGUAUUUCGAACAACUUCAAUUCCAACUCAUCAUCAUCAUCAAUUCUCUGCUCUAGCUGAGAAGAAAUCCAACUCCGAUGACACUUUUCUCAGAGUUAUUGAGUCUGAAAUCAACGAUUCUGCUGAGCAUGAGGUUGCUGAGUUACCAAGAGAUUUUCCUUUCAGGAUUGAGGAUACUUCAGAGGAAGGAAUUAAACUAUUAUUGACUAGAGAGUAUGAGGAUGAGAUGAUUGAAGUCGGAGUUCGCAGAGGUCUCUCUGCUGAUUAUGUUGAUAUGGAUGCAAGUGUUUACUGGUUUCAUCAAAAGAAAGCGGACUAACUUUGAAAUUCGAUGUUAGGGUUUCAUCAGAAGAUAGAUUUGUUUACUGGUCACUAAGCACAGGUAGAAUUGAGAUCAACUCUAUGUCUAUCACGAAUCAAAACGAUUCAGAUGAUUUUAGGGCUGGUUUGGAAGCAACAGCACCCCCUUCCUGGGAAUUGGACUAUAGCGUGAUUACAGCUUUACACAAAUAUUUGGAAGUCAGAGGGAUUGAACCCAGCAUUAACAAAUUCUUAUAUGAAUAUUAUAACUCCAUGGUUAAGAAAAAGCACAAGAAACACACGGCGUUGUUGAAGAACUUGAAGAAUUUCAUUGCCAAGUAAUUUUUGUAAAAUUUAGAGCUUUCAAAGGUUACUUAUACUCUUUGCAGGAUUGACAAAACAGA